CGAUAUGUAGUUGACGUUUUUAAAGCACUGUUCGGCUCGGUCGAUUAUUUUACGCUAAUCAACGCAAAUUGAUAAGAAAAAUAGAAAAAAAUAACGAAUAUUUGAACUACCUUUGCUAAUAACAAUAUGAGUGACCUUCUGGAUGAAGAUCUGGAGUUCCGCGGUGGAACUCUGCAGCUCUCAACUGAACAAACUGCAGUAGAACAUGCGAAUAAUGAAAACACUGCGACAGAAUCUUCCAAUACAAAUAAAAGCAAACCCAUUGCGCCGUCUUCGGUGUUGUCAGGAGCUAGUUCGUUAACGACUUCGUCAUCGUCUUUCGCAGAUGCAAGGAAUGAUGAACCGAGGCCAGAAGGUGCUGUCGCAUCAUCAGUUCCUUCAGACAACACACACACAGUAUAUCCCAGAUAUGAUAUUCCCUUCAGCAAGGAGAACAUUCAGGACUUCUUCACAUUCCGGUCUGGUGUGGUGGAGCACGCCAUACAGGACUGCAUCACAGCCCUGCUGUUCCCGGAAGAUGGAGAGUACCUGGGCUCAUGGCUGUUGACCGAAAUAACUCUUUGGGACAAUGAAAAGGAAAGGAUUGUUCUGCUUACAUCACGGCUGGUUAUGACUAUAAAGUAUGACUUUAUUGCAAUGAAACAGCUGGACUUCAAGAAGACAUACCUUGAUGACCUGGACACCCUGGUCAUUGGCGAGCUGGUGUAUCCUCCUUCGUCUUUAGUACCCCGGCUAAAUGGCAUCGCGACGGGUGUGACCACUGUGGUCAAGGACCACGUCAUAGACCGCCUGUGCCAGAGGCCGCCCGCCAGCGAGGAGUCUAAACUGUUCGAUCCCAAGUAUUUUGAGCCUAGGGAGCGCAAUUUACGAGGAGUCCGACUGAUGUGGAACAAAGGAGAGCCGCUGCCCUUGAAGACCGUGUGGAACCCCUUCAGCCAGGACGUGCCAUUCUUGACCUUCGCAUCACAUCCUAUUUACUGGCACAAAGAUGGCGGCCCAGAAGAGAAAUCAACUUACGACAUGGAGAUAUUUGCUCAAAAGCUGCAAAGGGCGAUCGAGGCGAUGCCCUCAUCCGCUUGCUGCAUCCACCAUUCCCCUAUCGUCAUCCAGAGUUACGUUGGCGUGACGUCACUACUCCAUAACAAAACCAGUUUGGGUUUCUUCAAAGUUAGAGGGAAGUUUAGUUUUUAAAGUUUGUAAAGUAAUUAAAAUUUAGACAGCUGUGACGCUGGCUAGAGAUAGAAAGAUUGUUUAUGGUCAACUGUCUUUGACAGACAUAGUGUUUGACACAAAUGAGGUGCAAUGCUUAUUUAUAAACCCGAUCUCGAUGGCGCAGAGGAUAUCACGCUAAUAUGCUUUUUAAUCAUUAAUCAACGGUUUAAUUUCCAGCGCGGACAAAUAUUUGUAUUUGACGGCGAAUUUAGCUUAAGUUUUGUCUAUUGUUAUUUUAAAUCCGAACAUUAUAACCGUGUUAUAAGUAACUGUAUUUAUGUUUACGAAAAGGAACGCUAUUAUGAAAUAAAAUAGUUUGUUUAUACUAUAUUUAUGGAGUAUUUUUGAAUGAAGCCGUAGCCAAAAGAUAUUUAUAAUUUUUUAUUUUGUUUAUGUUCAAAUGUAAUUUUUUGAGAUAAAUAAAUAGUAGAUUCUUCAUUUGUGCGAUUUAUUUUAUGAAAUGUUUUAUCUUUUGUAAUAAGUUGUGAUAUUUCAUACAUUUAAUGUAAUUAGUAUUGCUACCCUAUUUGGCAAUACGUAGGAACAUUGAGAUUUUAGAUAUAAAGAAGCAAGUUAGCUAUUGUUAAAGUUACCAUAAAUACCUAUGUAAAUUUUAAUUAAAUAUUUGAGAAUAUAUAAAUGUAUUAAAAACAAAGCAUAAUGUGUUACUGUAACUAUCUAUUUAUAUUAUUAACAUAGGUAUGAGCCAAUUUAUUAUUUAAUAAAUUAUAAAUUAUAUUUACUAAAUUGGAACGGUCUAAAUGAUAUAUAAUAUUACUUUAUUAUUAACAUGCGCGUAUGCAAUACAUUUAAACACCAUUUGAAUUUGUUUUUAAGGUUAUAAACGCGCUUGGUUUAGAAACAAAUUUGUACAGUGAGUUUUUAUUAUUAGAUAGUGUUUUUCCCAUUAAGGAAUUAUCAUGUUCCAUAUUUUUGUUAAUUAGUCAUUUUUUAAUUAUUUUAUUAUAAUAACUGUAAUUUGUCUGUAACAAUAUAACUACAAUAACUGACUGUUGCAUUUGAUUAAGACGUUUGUUUCGUGUAAAGCAUGUAAAUCUAACUAAAAUAAGACGAAAUAAAUCCGUGUUUAUCAUUAAUUUGCUCCAAAUUGCAAAUUGAUAAUAAUUCUUUCAUCGGAAUUACUAGUAAAAAAUAAAAUUAUGUUUUUCCAGACUGGAUUAUCUCUUUCUAACAUCCGUCGGGGGUUCUAGGUAUUAACAGUUGAUAAUAAUAUUGUUGACAUGCAUAUUGUUAAAGUAGCUUUUACAAAUAAACGAAAUAUGUGCCAUUUAAUGGUGUAUUGUAAAUUAGGCCGAAAACAUAUUUAAGCGAAAGAAGUAUGCAGAGAUCGUGGCAAGUGGAAAGAGGUAGUCUCUGCCUACCCCUCCGGGAAAGAGGCGUGAUUUUAUGUAUGUAUGUAUGUAACAUAUUUAAGACACGUUAGCAUAAAUUUGGUUAAUUUAUAGCGUAAAUCACAAUUAAAAUUUAAGUUAAAAACUAUUUGAUUUGAAAUUCAAAUAUGAUCAAAAAAUCCAGUUGCCAUUUGCAUAGGUAUUGCAAAACUCACUUGUUUUCUCUUAAUACUCUUUUUAGGUGUAAAUGCUUGAGAACGGCCUAUUUUUAUGCAAAAUUAUGAGAGUAGACUUAUGUGAUAUAUUAAUUGAAAAUAAUUGGGUUCAAUUAUGUAUAUUAAGAUAGUAUUGAGAUGGCAUUAAAAUAUACAUUGUGCAAUCAUAUUGCUUAUAAUAUCAUCUAUGUUUGACUCUUGUUAUUUCUAUAUUUUACGUAUAAAAUAGUUACCUAUAUUUCAUCUUUUAAAAUUAUAAAAUAUUUGGAAUCGUA